UUACAAGUUGAUAAAACAUUACCGAAGAAGAACGAAUCCAACGAAAACCUACGAAGAAGAAGAAUGUAAAUAUUCGAUUCAGCGGUGCUAAAAGGUCUGAUGAUGGAUGCAUGAAUAUCACACUGAUGAAAAAUGGCAUCUGUCUGUAAAGCACUUAUUGGCCUUCACAGAUGUUUCAUUCUUCAACAACCCUUUAAAUGCUUAACAGUAAAAUCCAUAACAACUCGCCCUCUCUGGCGGUCUUACAGUGUGGCAUCAGAUGACGAUGAUCCCAAAACAACCUUAAACCCAGAGAACGAGUCCUUGCUGGAGAACUUGAAUCUGAUGGGGGUGGAUGUGAAAAUGGCGCGCAAGCGUCAGCCCGGCGUCCUCCGUCGCCUCUUCACCAACGAAGAGGCCGUGGCUCUGUUCCUUAAGCGCAAAGGUGCUAGCAGCCAGACAGUGGCCAGCAUCAUAUCACGUUACCCGCGUGCCAUCACCCGUUCCCUGGAGCAUCUGGAGCAGCGCUGGCAACUGUGGAGGAAUAUCUUCCAGAACGAUCUAGCGAUUGUGGCAAUCCUGGACCGCUCGCCCGAGUCCUUCUUUCGCUCCAGUGACAACAGAAACUUAGAAAAGAACAUAGACUUUCUGUCUUCUUUGGGGCUCAGUAACAAAGACCUCCACCGAAUGUUCGCCACUGCCCCGCGCACUUUCUCCAACAGCUUAGAGCUCAACAGGCAGAUGGUGGACUUUCUCGAGGAUGUCUGCUAUGAGCUUGGUGGGACUGAUCCUGAGAGGUUUGCCAAAACGAUCAUCUCAAGAAACCUUUACAUUCUCAUCCGGAGCACUAAGAGAGUCAAGGCCAACGUAGAUUUCCUGAAGGUGUCUCUGAAACUGAGCGACGCUGAGCUUCUGGAGUUGCUUCAAGGGAGCGGUGCAAAAAUCCUGGACCUGUCCAACGAAUAUAUAAAAAAGAAUAUGGCCAGCCUUCAAGGGAGGCUUCUGAUGCUGGGCUGUGGCGAAGAGGAUGUCAGAAAGCUGAUCACCGCUUCUCCAAUGGUUCUGUACAUCGGGGCAACGACGCUGAGAACUAAACUAGACUGCCUCCUAAAAGGAGGAAUAACGGCAAAGCAAAUACUGGAGAAGCCCAAGGUGUUGGACACCAGCACGCAGAGUGUCAAUGCUAGAUUAGAGGAGCUUCAACAGAUUGGCUAUGACUUUGAGUCAAAUGGCAUCGGCAUUUUAGGAUUGAGUCAGAAGAGAUUUGCAGCUAAAAAAGAGAAACUUUUACCUUCCAAAAAUAAAUAAAUUGAUCUUCUUAUAUUCAUUUAUUGUUGUAGUGUAUUUAAUGUAGUUUCAACAUUAUGCGUAGCACUUCAUUUCUUAUGAAUCAGGCCUGCACAAUAUAUCGUUUGAAUAUCUCCAUCACGAUAUGCACAUGCGCAAUAGUCCUAUCGCAGGAUGUGCGAUUAUUAUUACGUUUUGAACAUGUAAACGUUUGGUUUGCUUCAUAAAAGCAGCAGGUGUGCCGAGGUGUUGCUUCCUGAAUUGCUUUUA